AGAUCAAAGGCACCUACCUGACACUUCCUGCACAUGAAUGUUUCGGCAGUAUGAUAUUUGUGUAUCUCUGCCAUAUUUGUGUACAUCUCUCGCAAAUGUGUUAAACAUGACGGCCUGACACACUGAAUUGGAUCAUACGCGCAGUUGAGGAAGUUUAGUGGAUGACUGGAGGCAAAACGUGAUUGUUUCUUCUCAUUGAUUCAAGAUCAUACAGCACGGAGAUAAAAGGUAUGGGUUAUUCGUCAUAUGUGGGGUUGCCCAGGCGUCUGCACCCCAUUGGCUGAUUCACCAGCAUGUACUGUAGAAACGGCCUAUCAGAUGGCACCAGCAUUAGCUCCGCCUCCUCUGAGGGAAGUGACAGCUCUGUGUCUGUGGACGGCCCGAGCGCUGACUACACGAAGAGCUACGAUGCUGUCGUGUUCGAUGUGCUGAAAGUGACACCAGAGGAGUUUGCAAGCCAAAUUACCCUGAUGGACGCCCCUGUGUUUAAGGCCAUACAGCCAGAGGAGCUUUCUAGCUGUGGCUGGAACAAAAAGGAGAAACACAGUUUGGCUCCUAAUGUUGUUUCCAUCACACGGAGGUUCAACCAGGUGAGCUUCUGGUUGGUACGGGAAAUCCUGAUCGCUCAAACCCUGAAGAUCCGUGCUGAGAUCCUGAGCCACUUCAUCAAAAUUGCAAAGAAACUUCUAGAGCUGAAUAACCUUCAUUCUAUGGUGUCGGUGGUGUCUGCAUUGCAAAGCGCUCCCAUCUUUAGACUGAGCAAGACCUGGGCGCUUAUCAGUCGGAAGGACAAGGCCACGUUUGAGAAGCUGGACUACCUGACCUCCAAAGAGGAGAACUACGCCAGGAUGAGAGAGUACAUCCGCUCCCUCAAGAUGGUGCCAUGCAUCCCCUACCUGGGGAUCUACCUGCUGGACAUGAUUUACAUCGACUCGGCCUAUCCUGCGUCUGACAGCAUCAUUGAGACCCAGCAGAGAACCAAUCAGAUGAACAACAUCCUGCGCGUGAUCUCUGACCUCCAGAUGUCCUGCACAUACGAUCACCUCGUGACCCUCCGGCAUGUGCAGAAGUACUUGAUGUCUGUUCGCUACAUCGAGGAGCUUCAGAAGUUCGUGGAAGACGACAAUUUCAAACUGUCUCUGAAAAUUGAACCAGGGAACAGCUCGCCGCGCAUGGCCACAUCCAAAGAAGAUUUUGCUGGUCCGUCUGAGUUGUCUUUAUUGGUCAGGUAUAAGCGACGGCCCACUUGCCCUGAUACCACUGUGGGGGUUCACAUCCCCACCCCUCUGCCCCCACGCCACAGGAAGAGCCACAGCCUCGGAAACACUAUGAUGUGGCAUUUCAGUUUGGUGGAGAGUAAAAGUGCGCCGUUCCCCAUAGAGAAACCACGUCACCUGCUGGACGACAGCUUCCUGGAGUCCCAGAGUCCAGCGAGGAACAACCCACACACCUCAUCUGUGUCCAACGGCGUCUCGAUAGGCAGCAGUCAGAGUUCGUUGUGUGAUGAUCUUCCUCCAGGACUCGAGAGGGGCCGCAUGAAGGCGACUCUGGGCCCUAACUGGAGGGUUCCUCUCCGCAGCUCCCCCAGAGGACGCAGCCAUGGCCACAAUCCGUCAGUAGCAGAGUCCAGUCUGGCUCAUGGAGAGUCAGGAGGAGUCACGAUGCAGGGACCGCUGAAGAGGAAAACCCUGCUGAAGGAGGGCAGGAAACCCAAGCUCUCCUCGUGGACGCGCUAUUGGAUCACACUUUCUGGUUCCACUCUCUUAUUCCACGAAUCCAAAGCCCUGCGAGCCACAGAACGGAAACAUUACAAGUCUUCGGCGUGUAAGAAAGUGUGUGUUGUGGGCUGGAUGGUGGUGCUGCCGGAUGAUCCGACUCAACCCAACAUCUUUCAGCUCAGCCAUCCUGACAAAGGGAACGUUUACAAGUUUCAGACGAGUGAUCGGUUCACUGCGAUCAUGUGGCACAGACACCUGGACGAGACCUGUCGCAGGAGAAGACCUCAGAUACCAGCGAAUCUCAUGACGUUUGAGUAAACAGACUUGUGUAACUCUGAAGACAUUUAUAAAGUGCCGAAGGCCUACAGAGAUCGAGAAGAACGUGUUUGGUUCAGCAAAAGGACGAAGAAAGAGCAAAAAGGACUCGCUCUGAUCCGCUGACCCUCCACGAGCCCCACGGACACAUCUAACAUCAGGAUGUGUUUCAGAGCCGGACGUGGAGGUGUGCACACUAGUAUGUGGUACAGUGGGAAGACAGGUGAAUCUGGACCCUUACAGCUCCAUCAUGUCUUCACAGUGGAGACUUUUGCAUCUCAAGGUGUUUGUGUGGCUUCAGUGAAGUACAUUGAAGGACAUCAGAAGCUCGAGAUGGGAUUUUUGUGCUGAUAUAAGUGAGUUUCAAUG